AUGGAUGAGCUGAGGAUUAUUCAGUGUGAGCUGAAAUUGAAGAUCAGGGAGGCCAAGGAAAGCUACAGGAGGAAGCUGGAAUGCAAACUCCAGACAAACAAUAUGCAGGAGGUCUGGAGUGGCAUGAAAACCAUCACCGGCUACAGACCUAAGAGCAGCAAGGUCGUUGAGGGAGACAAUAACAGAGCUAGAGUGGACAGAAAGGAGCGAGCUCCUGCCUCUAAAGCCCCUCUGGGUGAGGACCAUGACAGCCAGACCAGAGCAGCAGAUCAGAGGAUCCAUCAGGAGAAACCAGAGGAGUCUGUACUCAGCUUUCAGUCUCUGAAGAGUGACCAGUCCAUGGAGCCUCCUCUUCUUUUCAAAGGAGGACAACUGUCUUCAGGACAGAGAGAGGAUCAGCAGCUCUCAGAUGUCCUCAGUCUCCAGCGUGUCCAGCCUUAUCAGACAGAUCUGGACUCUACACUUCAGCUGUUUGAGAUGACCGUCUUGACCCUGGUGAAGAAGGAGCUGAAAAGAGCCCAAAGGUUCCUCAGUCAGGAUGACCAGAAGAACCUGGAUGAUAAGGAAGAGCGGGAGCUGACGUGCAGAGAAGCUCUCCUGCAGGUCUUCAUGGACGUCCUGAGGAGCAUGAAGGAGGAGAAUCUAGCUGAUAAGAGGAGCCAGCAGAAGAAGUUCCACAGUGUGUCUGAGGGGGUCGCUAAAGCAGGAACCUCUGCCCCUCUGAAUCAGAUCUACACAGAGCUCUACAUCACUGAGGGGGGCACAGACCAGGUCAACCAGGAGCACGAGGUCCGACAGAUUGAAGUAGCAACCAGGAAGCAGACCAGACCAGGAAUUACCAUCAGACUAGAAGACCUCUUUAAAGUCUCCACUGACACAGACCGACCACUCAGGAGCCUGCUGACAAAAGGCGUGGCUGGCAUUGGGAAGACCCUCCUGACACAGAAGCUGACUCUGGACUGGGCUGAAGACAAAGCCCAUCAGAACUUCCAGCUCCUGUUUCCUUUCACCUUCAGAGAGCUGAACCUGCUGAAAGAGAAGCAGUUGAGUUUGGUGGAACUUGUUCAUCUCUUCUUUCCUGAAACCAAAGAAGCAGGACUCGGCUGCUUUGUAGGAGUCCAGGUUCUGUUCAUCUUGGAUGGUCUGGACGAGUGUCGACUCUCUCUGGACUUCAACAGUCGGGUUCUGACAGAAGCUACAGAGUCCACCUCAGUAAACGUCCUGCUGACCAACCUCAUCAGGGGGAAGCUGCUGCCCUCAGCUCACCUCUGGAUAACCACACGACCUGCAGCAGCCAAUCAGAUCCCUCCUGAGUGUGUGGACAUGGUGACAGAGGUCAGGGGGUUCACUGACCUCCAGAAGGAGGAGUACUUCAGGAAGAGGUUCAGAGAUGAGGAGCAGACCACCAUCAUCUCUCACAUCAGGAGCUCACGAAGCCUCUACAUCAUGUGUCACAUCCCCAUCUUCUGCUGGAUCACUGCCACAGUUCUGGAGGACAUGUUGAAGAGCAGAGAGACCAGAGAGCUGCCCAAGACCCUGACUGAGAUGUACAUCCACUUCCUGGUGGUUCAGUCCAAAGUGACAAAGCUCAAGUACCAUGGAGGAGCUGGGACAGACAGCGUUUGGGAUCCUGAGAGCAGGAAGAUGAUGGAGUCUCUGGGAAAACUGGCUUUUGAGCAGCUGCUGAGAGGAAACUUGAUCUUCUAUGAAUCAGACCUCACAGAGUGUGGCAUCGACAUCACAGCUGCUUCAGUUUAUUCAGGAGUGUUGACUCAGAUCUUUAGAGAGGAGAGAGGACUGUACCAGGACAAGGUCUUCUGCUUUAUCCACCUGAGCGUCCAGGAGUUUCUGGCUGCUCUUCAUGUCCACAUGAAGUACUUCAACUCUGGAAUCAACUUGCUCAACUCACAGAAAAAAUCCUAUAUGUCAAGAAUGUUAAAGAAACUUCAUCCAGAACAGUUCUACCAGAGAGCAAUAAAUGCAGCUGUAGAAAGUCCAAAUGGACAUCUGGACUUGUUCCUGCGCUUCCUUCUGGGUCUUUCUCUGCAGACCAGCCAGAAACAGACAGGAAGUAGUUCCUGGACCCACCAGGACACAGCAGCGCUCAUCAAGGAGAAGAUAAGGGAGAAAGUGUCUCCAGAGAGAAUCAUCAAUCUGUUCCACUGUCUGAGUGAAGUGAAGGACACUUCUCUGAUGGAGGAGGUCCAACAGCAGCUGAGAUCAGGAUGUCUCUCCACUCUAAAACUGUCUCCUGCUCAAUGGUCCACCCUGGCCUUCAUCUUACUGUCCUCAGAGGAAGAUCUGAGUGUGUUUGACCUGCAGAAAUACUCUGCUUCAGAGGAGGUUCUUGAGAGGCUGCUGCCGGUGGUCCAAACUUCAAAGAAAAUUCACCUGAGCUACUGUGGACUGUCAGAGAGAAGUGGUUCCCUUCUGUCCUCGGUCCUCAGCUCUCCGUCCUCUAGUCUGACUCAACUGGACCUCAUUGGCAAUGACUUGAAGGAUCCAGGAGUGGAGCUGCUGUCUGCUGGACUGAAGAGUCCACACUGUCACCUGGAGACUCUCAGCCUGAGCAACUGUGGACUGUCAGAGAGAAGUGGUUCCCUUCUGUCCUCAGUCCUCAGCUCUCCGUCCUCUAGUCUGACUCAACUGGACCUGAUCCUCAGCUCUCCAUCCUCUACUCUGACUCAACUGGACCUGAGUCAGAACUACACUCUGAAGGAUCCAGGAGUGGAGCUGCUGUCUGCUGGACUGAAGAGUCCACACUGUCACCUGGAGACUCUCAGCCUGAGCAACUGUGGACUGUCAGAGAGAAGUGGUUCCCUUCUGACCUCAGUCCUCAGCUCUCCGUCCUCUACUCUGACUCAACUGGACCUGAGCUGGAAUGACGACCUGAAGGAUCCAGGAGUGGAGCUGCUGUCUGCUGGACUGAAGAGUCCACACUGUCACCUGGAGACUCUCAGCCUGAGAGGGUGUGGACUGUCAGAGAGAAGUGGUUCCCUUCUGUCCUCAGUCCUCAGCUCUCCGUCCUCUACUCUGACUCAACUGGACCUGAGUCAGAACUACACUCUGAAGGAUCCAGGAGUGGAGCUGCUGUCUGCUGGACUGAAGAGUCCACACUGUCACCUGGAGACUCUCAGCCUGAGCUACUGUGGACUGUCAGAGAGAAGUGGUUCCCUUCUGACCUCAGUCCUCAGCUCACCGUCCUCUAGUCUGACUCAACUGGACCUGAGUCAGAACUACACUCUGAAGGAUCCAGGAGUGGAGCUGCUGUCUACUGGACUGAAGAGUCCACACUGUCACCUGGAGACUCUCAGCCUGAGCUACUGUGGACUGUCAGAGAGAAGUGGUUCCCUUCUGUCCUCAGUCCUCAGCUCUCCGUCCUCUAGUCUGACUCAACUGGACCUGAGUAUCAACAAGGACCUGAAGGAUCCAGGAGUGGAGCUGCUGUCUGCUGGACUGAAGAAUCCUCACUGUCACCUAGAGACCCUCAGUCUGAGACAGUGUAAGAUCUCAGAGAGAGCGUGUGCUUCUCUGGCCUCAGCUCUGACCUCUAACCCCUCCCAUCUGAGAGAGCUGGACCUGAGCUACAAUAAUCCAGGAGGAGCAGGACUGGAGCUGCUGUCUGCUGGACUGCAGAGUCCAGACUGGAGGCUGGAGACCCUCAGGCUAGACAACUGUGGACCCAGGUGGUUAUAGAUCUGACCUGAAGAAGUGUGAGUGAGUGUUUGAUCCAUGAGAACUGCUGUACUCAGCUUCUAUUUGAGCAUCUGUGUGUUGCGCACCCGGAUCGUCACCAUGGCGUUGUGAUGUUUAAAUAAAUGUCUGUAAUACGGAAGAGACCAGGUCAAGUUGUCGUCCACGCUUGGUGCAACCACUUCGCUGACAUUUAUUUAUCUGGCAAGGAUUGGCUCAAAGCGGCCCGCACUGUCGCCUCUCCCUUGUGGCGGAUCUGU